ACAUCAGAGCGGCUUUUGAACGGUGAAGCCGGAGAGGUGGAAAGAUGGAGUAGCCCAUUAUGUAUCUCAGCUGUCCUCCUUCAAGAUGUUCCCCGGAGUUUUCUAUGCACUGCUGGCGGGUUUCCUUGCGGCCGUGGCGUCGUCGUCGGCCAAGCUGUCCCUGGGAGCGGACUACCUGAAGGGAGUGUGCGAGACGGGGCUCCGGACGUGGGGAGAGCAGCGGAGAUUUCGGCAAGUGGACGAAACUACCGCCUGCGAUCGGCUUCACAUCCCUCUGAGGCUGCUGUGUGGCGGACUGCUUUUCACCUGCAAUGCUGUGAUGUGGACCUUCCUUGCCAAAGCACUCAGGUACUCCUCCUCCUCCACCCAAACCACUGUGACCACCACUGCCUCCAACUUGGUAUCUUCCGCUUUCCUGGGCCAGCUGAUCUUCGGUGAGGCCCAAAUAACACUGUGGUGGGUCGGGAUCUCCCUGACGUUCUCUGGCCUGCUCGUACUGCAGAGGGUUUCGCCGCAGGAUCGACAACCCAGCGCGGUUGCCAAGCGAGAUGAAUGACAUCGUUUCAUCUCCACUUAACUGUUCAGCCUGAUUUGGUUCUUCUUAUUCUUUGAAUAGCUUCUAAAUCUGAUAUGUCAUCACGCCAAAGAACCAUCCUAUGUCAGAGAAUGUUUUUUUAAAUGCGUCUAUUUAUGAAAUCUGUCAGGGAAACAAACCAAAAGAAAAAUGAUUUUGUUUCAACUCUUGCAACUCUUGCUAAAAAAUAUAUUCAAAAUUAAUGUCUGCGCCUUGUUCAACAGGAGGCUAAUUAGCAUCGUCAUUAUUGGUCUGAAUGGGUACAUGUCAGGCUAGCAGUGACAAGGUACAUCUUAAUAUCUAACAAUCAAAGAAAAAAUAUACUGUAUAUAUAUUUAUAUUACAGUGGAAUCCGUAAAGUUGAUGCUGAUCAGUUUUUAAUUAAAAAUUCCCAUAGAAAGUGCUAGUAAAUCAAUUCAGUCCAGGGUCAAACAAUUGUAAAAUAUGGACAGUACAAACAAUGUAAAUAAAAUGUGAAUACUCUGAACUGUCAUACAAGUAUAAUGAAAUAACUUCAUAUAGAAUCUCUUUGAGAACACUCAGAAUUAACAACCAGAAGCAAUGGGAAGGAAUGGGGGGAAGCUAGCUAGCUAGCUUGUGAGCUACUUGUUCAAUGGAACCAUUGAGGCGCAAUUUACUUUAUUUGCGGAGAGUAAGAUGAAGAAAUUAGUGUUACAUUCUGUUUUUAAAGAUAUCAAUGGCCUGAGGGGCAAUGGUUAGCUCAAAUACGCAUGAAAAUGGCAAACAGGAAGAAACAGCUUGUCUGACUC